AUGGAAAAUGGAGAAAAAGCUUUUGGAAGUGGAAAUGGAGGCUGGAUCAGAAGAUUAAUGGAUCCAAGCUUGCCCACUGAAACGAUUGAGAAACUAUUGAUUAGAAGCAGAACUUUGUCUUUGAAACUCACUGAUGCUCAACUCCAAGCUGGUGCUGGUGGUAUUCAUGAUCAUACUACGCUGCUUCAUCAUCUCAAAUUUACGUCUCUUAGUUUCCUUGAUCUCUCUAAUAAUCAUGGCCUGAACAUCACUCUGCCUCAAUGGUUGUUCAAUCUCACUAACCUUCUUCAUCUUGAUCUUUCUGACUGUUUACUCCAUGGCAAGCUACCUGUUACCAUUGGUAACUUGAGUAGGUUGAGAGUCUUGAGCAUGUCAGGUAACUCUUUUGAUGGAGAGAUUCCCAAGUCCUUGGGAAAUCUUGGUAGCUUGGAGAGCCUUGAUAUGUCACAAAAUGAUCAUCUGAAUGGUAGCAUUCCGGACUCUCUGAACAAUCUUACAAAUUUAGUGUACUUUGACUUGUCUAAUAAUAAGAUUGGAAAGUUGCCAAAGAGCAUUGGGAGGCUGCAGAAGUUGGAGGAGUUUCAUUUGUCCAAUAACCAAGUUCAGGGAUUGAUGCCUGCAAGCAUUGGGGAUCUAAGAAGCCUGCAAUACUUGGAUUUGUCAUGGAAUAUGACCAGUGGACCAAUUCCUGAAUCCUUUGGCAAUCUCACACUUUUGUAG